AUACAGGAAGUCAUUUAUACGGCUUACUGUUCUUGUUUUGACACCUCAAACUAAGCGCUUACACAUAGGAGUGCCCCUCUUUGUUUACCUGGUUAAAGUUGUACGGAAGGAGUUUAAAAUCUGAGUGACCGAGCUGAGCAAAGCAACACUGAGUAGAGCUGUGAAGGUGUUUACAGCCCAUGAGUCGCAGCAGGAACCCUCCUCCCCGGGGUCAAGGGGCAGCCAGAGCCAAACAGAUGGGGCUUCUUCUCGACCUUACCCCGGACGGUGGGAUGGACGAUGAUGGAAACGACGAGGACCUGGAGGCAGAGCUCCUCAGUUUGGUGGGAGGAGGAGGAAAAGGAGGGAGACCACAAGGGAAGAAAGGGGAUGGAAGAUCUCCUGUUCCAAUGGCUGAAAUUGAGCGAAUGGCGGCUCUGUGUAUGAAAGAUCUGGACGACGAGGACAUGGGAGACGAAGAUUUGGAUGAUGAAGACCUGCUGGCAGAAUUAAACGAAGUGCUGGAGGAUGACGAGGCGGACACUCCUGCUCCAGCGCGUCCCGCCGUCACUCCCACUGUUCCUAAAGUGAGCGUCUCUUCUCCCAGCGCUCCCGGCGGAGCGUCAGGGUUGGAGUCUCGCCUGUUGGAGCGCCUUGAUAUGUAUCAGAAGGCUACAGCCAAUGCCAAGGCUGCAGGCGAGACCAGUAAAGUGCGAAGAUAUGACAGAGGGUUAAAGACGUUGCAGUCCAUGUUGACGUCUGUGAAAAAAGGGAAGCCAAUCAAUGAAGAGGAGAUUCCUCCUCCGGUUGCCAUUGGCACAAAAUCAAACGCUCCAGCCGAGCCUGAACCCGUAAAGGAACGAGAACCGCCCGCGCUGAUUCCCUCCCCUCCUUCUAAUCAGAGACCACUGAGGGAGCCGGCGCCAGAAACUCUGAACACUAAACCUAGACAUCUGACCCCUCCCCAAAAACCAGCUACUGCCAUCACCCCAGAAACGCCUGCCAUCUCCCCCCUGACGCCCAGUCAACCUGACGCCCAGCACUCAGAGCUGAAACGGGCAGUGCUGUCCAGACAGAGGGAGUACAAGAUGGCUGCCAUUCAGGCCAGGCAGAGCGGUGACGUCAACCUGGCCAAGCAGCACUACCUCACUGCCAAGAAGCUCGACUCGCUGGUGGAGGCCGUGGACCGAGGGGAACCAGUGGAACUGGGCUCGCUACCUCCCCCUCCAGGAGAUGCAGUGGAGCAGCAGCGUGCACCUGUUCCCCCUCAGACAGCUACCAAACCUGCUGCUGCUCCUGCUGCUCCUGCACCCACCCAGACAGCCACCAACAACCUUCCUGCUCCCAGCAGCGUGGCAGAGGCCCUAAAGCAGAGGAUGGACAUUUACAAGCAGGCAGCAGAGGGAGCCAAGAGCAAAGGAGACGAUCGGAAAGCUCGCAUGCACCAGCGGAUUAUUAAGCAAUACCAGGACGCCAUCAAAGCUCACAGCGCAGGCCGACCUGUCAACCUGAACGAUCUGCCGGUGCCUCCUGGCUGUCCUCCUCUCCAGGGCUCAGAUGGGAGUCAGCAGAACCUCAUAGGUGUCCUGGAAACAGCUAUGAAAAUAGCAAAUCAGGAUGCCGACGCAGACGAUGACGACGACGACGAGGAUGGACAGAAAGAGGCUGCCAAGCCUGCAGUGCGUCAACCUGUGCAGAAAGCAAAGUCUCCGGCUCCCCCAGUCCCUGCAGGAUCCUCGGCUCCAAAACUGGGAGCGAAAGCCCAGCAGCAGCUAGACUUCCUGUUGCUAAGACGACAGGCCUUUUUGCGUGCAGCACUUCGCUCCAAACAGAUGAAGGACAUGACUGGAGCAGCGCAGCACCUCAGGCACGCCAAAGGACUGGAUCCCAUGGUUACGGCUGCAAAGGCUGGCCUUCCUGUUGACAUCACAAAGAUUCCAAGCGCUCCGGUGAGUGAGGAGGAUUAUUCCCUGGGCCGUUCCCGGGCCUCUCCUGGCUCCAGUGAAAAGUACCAAGCACUCAUGGAUCUCCUACGAAAGCAACACGAGAAAUGUUUGGGCCUCUCUAAGCAGUUCACGCUCCUGGGCAACGUAGGCGAGGCUUUGAAGUCUGAGAAGCUGGUUGAGGAGACCGUGAAGUACAUAAAGCUGCUGAAGAACGCCCACGCCAAGGGCCACCCGGUCCCCAAGUGCCUCACCCAGGAGAGAACCUUCAACUCUGCAAAGAUCAACUCCAACCUGUCUCCCAGUGACCUGGUACUGUACAUCAUCCGAGGCAUUAACCUGCCGGCUCCAUCAGGCGUCUCUCCUAAUGAUCUGGACGCCAGCGUAAAAUUCGAAUUUCCCUUUCCCAGCUCGGAGGACGCCCAGAGGGACAAAACCGGCACGGUGAAGAACAGCAGCAGUCCAGAGUUCAAAGAGCAGUUCAGACUCAACAUUAACCGAACCCACAGAGGAUUCAAACGGGUUGUUCAGUCCAAAGGCAUCAAGUUUGAAGUCGUCCACAAGGGAGGUCUGUUCAAGACGGACAGAGCAGUGGGCACUGCUCAGCUGAAACUAGAGGCUCUGGAGAACCACUGUGAAAUCAGAGAGAUCAUAGAAGUGAUGGACGGCCGUAAAGCUACCGGUGGGAAGCUGGAGGUGAGGGUGAAGAUCAGAGAGCCUCUCUCAGGAGCGGACCUGCAGCCGACGACGGAGAAGUGGUUCGUUCUGGAGCCGGUGUCGCCGCUUUCUCCUCCAGAGAGGCAAAAGGAGCGAGCCCCAUCUCCUCGGCCUAAACCCAAACACGAGUCGAGCGGCAGAAGCAGUCGCCCCGACGGCUCUCCUCCGCAGUACAAACUCCACAGCUUCAGCCUCCUCAACUACGACAAGGAGCGGCUGGAGAGGAAGAUUGCAGAUUACCGGAAAAACCAUCGCGAUCCCCCAUCUGACCUCAUUCAUCAACACAAAGAGGUCACGCACAGGCUGCGCUGGCAGAAAGCUCAGCUGGAGCGAGCCUCUCCUGCUCUGCUGACAGAGUAUGAACACGUCCUGCUGCGCUUCGUCCAAGGACUUUCUGAGUCUGUGAAAAACUACUCCAGCCAAGGCAACAGGGAAGCUGCAAAGGAUGCCCUGGGAAGGAUGAAGAUGGUGGAGAGUGAGCUGGAAUCCCUAAAACGAAAACGCACAGGAUGAAAGAGCAGUGAGGUGGAGACUUGGCUGCAGUACUGUUAUCUCUCUCAUUCACACUCGCAUACCGAUGCUACAGAACGCACCUUAAGGCGUGACGACGUCGUGUCCAAGACAGCUGCAUGAACCAAGCUCUCCUUCCUCUGUCUGUCUGUGUGACCUGUUUACCACGUGGGCUGCAACUACCUAGGGAGGCGGAUGUCGAAGGAGGCAUUUAGAGGCAUGAUGGGGGAGAAGAACGUACUGAAUUAUUUGCACUUAAAAGAAACACUACAGAAAUUUGCAAUCAUUUUUGAACGACGUGGGAGAAAAUCUAAGGGAUUUUAUGUUUUACAUAUGAUACCAGCUUUUUUGGUGACCAAAUAUACAUAAAUAUAUAUAUAUACAUAUAUAUUUGUGUGUGUGUGUAUGAUCUGAGGUGGAUUGAGGUGGAAUUAACCCUUUCUUGUGGCAUUUUCCCUGUGUAAUGAGCUUAAUCUAAUCUGUCUGCUCCAGUGUUCCCAGAUUAUAGUAAUCUGUUCUGUUUGGAGUGUCCCGAUAUGGGGAGGAAAGAAAACUUAAAGGAACAAAAAAAAAAAAGAAAACAGGGCUUCGGGGUGCCGGUGCUUACAUCCCAUAAUGAGGGAUUAGUUUGUGUCACCAAGGAGACGACUAGAACAAGACGCUGAGAUGGCGUUCGAGGGAGGGAGGAAGAGGAGUUUGGAUUCCUCCUCCAUCGUCUGAUGCGUUUUCAGGUCUUUUCCUCGUGUGGUUCCAGUCUGAAACAAAAAGUUAUUCAUACCUCCCAGAGAUUUAGAUCCAAAAUGAUUUCCCUUCAAUCAAGGAGUUUUAAAAUACAACAAAGCAGUGAAAAAAGGGGGAGUAUCGAUUUCGACUAUUUUAUUAAACGUGUCAUGUCAAAAAUUAUUUAUUCCCCUCUGAAUAAUCUUUAAAAAAAAUCUUUAUGGGCUUUGCAGCAGUCAAACUCUUCUCUAUCUGUAAUUUCCAUGGAUUAUUAUUGUGGUGAGCUUUAAAUCUGUUCAGUUUGAUGUCCACCACGCCAUCACCCUCAUUUUUUAUUUUUUUACCUACCUCCUUUUCUGUGUCUGUAUUCUGCCUGCGGCGCUGCAGAAUGUGCAUAGUACUACGAGUCAGAAGAAGCUUGUUGGUAAAAGUUAAAAGCUUGUUUAGAUCCAAGUCUGCCAGGGGUAUGAAUAAUUUUGAGCCCAGCCUUGCAUACACUCCUCCUCAGCAUGGAUGUUACUCAGUUUGGCAUUUUACUGAUUUAUUUUAGUCAUUCCCUUCCUGUUCUGGUUUUUAAAAACCAGAAGUUGGAAUUUGUUGUGAUUUUAUUUUUUAUUUUUUUUUAUCUAGAAAUGGACAGAAAGUCUCGAAUGUGAAAAUACACCCUCCCCAAAGUUUGAUUGUGGAGAGCCUAUAUUUUAUUUUUAUUUUGACUGGAUAUUUGACCACUCUGCUUGUCAGAAUUGGUUGAACUCCGUUACAUUUGGUGGUUUCUGGGCUCAGACCUGCUUUGGGGCCUAGCUGCUAAUCCUGCUUCUUCCAGUCCAAAGUCAGUUUUGAUUUGUUUGGGAUCUUUGUCCUGUUGGUUGGACACCUGAGGUGAGGUGACAACUUGUCCAUUUGGGCCAGUUUCAAGGUGUGAGUUUUGAAGCAGUGAUGAUGGGGAUGAGUCUUGGUGGUUCCUGGGUUGUUCCUCCUAAAAUGUCAGUUUGAAGUCAGACGGUUAAAAUUUAGAUAAAGAUGUCUUCCAACUGGAUAGUAAUGUCACAUCAAAACUGAAAACUUUGAAACUCUGACAUCAACCUUCCUGGUCGGCAUUUCCAAAGCCCCAGUAUCAAAGCCUUUUAAUGUUGAACUUUGCUCAAAAGCUCCUCUUGGCAUUUCCCCCCAAUAAGUGCAGUCACUUAUCAAGCCAACAUUAUGCUGGAAGCUUGUUGAUGGCUACAGGAAGUGCUAUUACUCAGCUUGUUUUAAACGUUAAGGCUGCAUGUUGUCAUACUUCAACCCCGGCAGAAGAAUGUCCCCAAUAAGACGAGGCGCAGAAUCAAAAACUCAAAUGAAAGCCCCCUAAUUAACUGCUGGAACUGUUUUCGGAGGCUUUUCCCAGCUUGAAUGUAUUCACGCUGUCGGACAACAAUUCAUUCACUCAGCUGUCUAUUGGAAAACAACGAGCAGCUGCUGCGUCUUUUGCCGCUGGUUUCUGUGGUGGCGUUUUGCGGAAACCAGCUGAGACCGCUGGCAGCAGCGCAGCGAACGGCGAGAGGUCUGACCGCGGGGAGGCUUUGUGUCGGUGUGCUGAGGUAAUUGCUCAAGUAAUCCUUUGUUAAAAAGUUGGAGCUCGGAAAUCUCCCUCAGCUUUUGAUAAACGUUUUUUAGUUGCAUAGUUUGAGAUGGCCAUUGAAUGACAAAGGCAGCUUGUUCACAAAGCUGCUGAUUUCUGUCGCAACUGACUUUACAGACGUUUAAACGCUUGUUUGGAGCCAAACGCGACAGCGUUGAUGCUUCGCUCUCUGACGCAUGCAUGCAGUGGCGCAGUUUAAAUGCUGAUUAAUCUGAAAAGCUCUGCAUUAGGAGAGAUUUAGAUACUUUGACUGGCAUUAAUGCAGGCUCUGUGGAUCAGCUGAGCUCAAAGGUUUUCUUUAAAGUUUUUGUAUCGCAGAAAUAAACCAAGGAUCACCAGAUCUAACUCGGGGUCAAUUUACAGCUUGGUUGUCAUUUACAUUGUCAGUCAGAAAUGUGCAAGCUCUCAUAAUGGUCAAGUGACACAAGUGUUGAUCUUUUUUUUUUUUUUAAUUAAGUAUUUUUACCAGGACGGAAUAACAUUUAGCACAAGUUAGAAUUUCUUGUGGAUUUUCUCUAAUUCAUAAGGGUCAUAUGUUAAACAGACAGGAACAAAUAUGUGCAUAUGCCCUCAUAGAUGAUGUUUGGCGAGCUGCAAAGACGCAACACGCUUUUCUUGCCUAUCAACCAGCUUCCAGCAAGAUUCUCACUCGAUAUUUGAGCAAUUUUCUUAUCUGUAGUUUUAGAAAACUUAUAAAUGGGAUUCUGUCCUGGGAUGGACCAGCUUGGGGGAAACUCCAGAAGCCGUAUGUUAAAGCUGCAGUAUGUCACUUUUAUAAACCGUUGGUUUCUUGCAUGUUCUUUUAAAGCUCUCACUAUGCCGUGACGGUAUAACACGAGACAGAUAAUCUGGGGAAAAUCACGCUCCUUUCCUCUGCGGUCAUGCUGCCAUUUGCAGAAAUGCACUGCUCUGUCAGAAACAAUCAAUCAGAGCCAGGAGGAGAAUCUUAGCGCUGUCAAUCAUACAUGCGUAUGCGCUGUUCGCAACCUCCCUGCUACGCUACGGCUUCUUCAAAUCAGCAAAGCCUGCCAUGAAUGUUCAGGCUACUUGGCAUGACCACCGAUGAUGGCGAAUAAACUGUUUUCCUGGAGCGGUAAACCUGUUUCUCUGCCAGUAGUUCAUUUUAGAAGUGUGUACACAGGGUUGAUUGACAACACUAAAACCUUCCUCCUGGUUCUGAUUGGUCAUUUUUGUCCGGGAGUGGUGGUUUUCUUCAGACAGCAAUAGUAGGAGCUUUUUUUCCCCACUGAUUGCCUGUCUCAUGUCUCAUUACGCUAACAGUUUUAACAAAUGCGUAAAACAACAUUUAGUUUAUAAAAGUUACCGGCUGCAGUAUUAACUGUUCUAAAACCAACUCCGAUGUAGUUCUGGGAUCAGUUUCCUGUUUGGACAUCCAAUCAUGUCCAAUCUGAUUUGUGCGGUACACCAAUACAACUGGUAGUGAAACAUACUCUCACCAUGAUUCUGCCACCACCGUGCUUGACUGUUUUAAAACUAUUUUUGGAAGGAUUCCUGAACAGCCUAACAAAAGUCCUGGCCUCAUCCUCUUCAAAACUGAUGAACUGUGCUCAAAAGCAGAGUCUGAGUCAAGAAAUCAGCCAAUGUAACUAAGCCGUUCCUGGUUCAAGUGGCCUUUAUGCAGUCAGAAUGAUGCCAGAAAGUGUGCAGGACAUUCAACCGGAUAUUAGCGGCAGUGUGUGUCUGGGUGUAAAAUGUUGCUCUUGUGUGGGUUUGACAAAAAUAGUUGUUUUGAAGUUGUAUGGUAGUUUCAUCACGUUGAAAGAACUCUUUAGAUGCAUCAUUAAAAGCCAAAACCUCCAUGUUUAUAUUGAACAUUAUUUUGACCGUGACUGAGCAUUUGUAGGGUUACUGAUGGACUUGAUGUUUCGCAUUUAGCAAGAAUGAGUCUCCAUACUUUGUGUGUCUGCACUGAUGCCCAUUUGUUUGGAUGCGGGAUUUAUUUUAGUAGCUUCCACAUUGGAUGGUGGAGAUGAUGAUCUGAUGUGGCGUCUGUUUUUGUCGUCUUAAACAUCGGUGUGUCCUAAUACUGUAACCUGAGAACAGAAAACUAGGAGGAAACGCACACAGGAAUGUCUUCUUCAAAAUUCAUCAAUAUGAACUUUAUCUUCAUCAAGUGAUGGCGGAAAACAAAUCUAAAAACAAAACAAAAAAAAUGGAGCAGCAUACUUUUUAAAUAAUUAAUCGUUCAUUGUCCUAAACCUAGAAAUGUCCUUAACACAUCAACCAUCAGCCAACCAUGACGAGCUGUAGCUAAAAUAGUGUUUUCUAAUUUUGCUUGAAUUCAAUCAGUGCUCAUGUAGCGCUUUGGGGAAAGUCCUGAGCACUAAAAGUUUUUUUUUUUAGUUUUUUCUGGGCUGGAACUGCUUUUGUUGCCUCAUUAUGGCUCAUAUAUAGCUUCGUUACAGCGUCAUGUAGCUCAGCACUUGUUUUGUUUUAUAUAUAUAUAUGUGUGUGUGUGUGUGUAAACUUUUCACCCCAUAUUAUCCCUAACAAUCACUGCACUCCUCCUGUGGCCUCCUGGCCUCUGUAGCUAUCCUGUUUUCAUAGCAACAAGCUCAUCAGCAUUCAUGGUGAUGGGACAGCAAAAAGAAAGACAUCGGUAAAAAUGUGUCCUGCUGGUGACUCACGCUCCUUUCCUGCAUUUACACCAUGCUACACACACACACACACACACACUCAUCCUCACUCUAAUUGUUUGGUCCUUCACUCUUGUUAUUUUCCCCUCUAUGUCCUAAAAGCUUGAUUCUCAUGUUUUUUUUUAUCUUUUGUUAAAAUAACUGUAUGAAACAUAUUCCUCUGUUGGUUAAACCAUGAUUGUUAUUUUUCUUUUAAGUCAUAAAUGGGCAAUCAGUAUAAAUGUCACAUUUUUUUUCCACUAAGUUACUCUAUUUAUAUAUUCCAGGUUUUGGUUAUCAACACAGCUCAAAAGUAGGAAUGUUCCUGAUUCUUCAGGCUUGAUGAUCUCAUGUAUGAGGUUGGUUUUAAAAGAAAUAAAACCGUGAAAACUUU